AUGGCAGAGGUUGGAUCCAAGUCAGUGCUGUUCGUGUGUCUCAGCAACAUUUACUGGUCACCCAUUGCAGUAGCAGUGUUCAGAAAAUUGGUAACCAAUGAAAAUGUUUCAGAUAAUUGGGCCAUUGACAGCAGGGCCGUUUCCAACUGGAAUGUGGGCCAGACCCCAGACCCAAGAGCUGUCAGCUGCCUAAGAAAUCAUGGCAUUAGCACAGCCCAUAAGGCAAGACAGAUUACAAGAGAAGACUUUGCCACAUUCGAUUAUAUACUGUGUAUGGAUGAAAACAAUCUGAGAGAUUUGAAUAGAAAAAGUAAUCAAGUUAAAAAUUGCAGAGCUAAAAUUGAGCUACCUGGGAGCUAUGAUCCACAGAAACAGCUCAUAUUUGAAGAUCCCUAUUAUGGCAAUGACUCUGACUUCAAGGUGGUGUGCUAG